AUGUUCAAUAACAUCUGUUGGGUCUUACUAUUGUCAUCCAUUGGCAUUGCCUGUGGACAAACGCCAACGGCAACAUAUACCAGUCCUAAUGUCAAUUCAGUUACUUUCCAAAAUAUGGAUUUAGAUGAAUCAGCUGGGCGGAUUUACAUAGGUGCAAAAAAUGCAAUCUAUUUGUUAAAUUCAACCACUUUAACGAUACUAACAUCUGCUUCAACUGGGCCUGUACAAGAUAGUCCAUAUUGUGCGCCAUUGCCUGAUUCAUGCUCGUCUUCACGCAAUUUAAGCGACAAUUAUAACAAGAUUUUAAUAGCAGAUACUAGCGGUCAACGACUAAUCGUUUGUGGUAGUGUUAAUCAAGGUCGUUGUCGUAUUCGACAAUUAAAUAAUUUGGCUCUAAUUACUAAUACAGUGCAACCGUCGUAUUUCGUGGCAGCAAAUCAACCAUCAGCAUCGACAUUAGCUUUCGUUGGAUCUGGCGUACCUAAUACCACAAAAGUCCUUUAUGUUGGAGUUCAAUAUACUCAGCGUAGUUUCUUUAGUAGUGCUGUACCAGCACUGGCCGCAAGAAGUUUAUAUCAUCAAUCUAGCCAAAGCGAUUUAUUAAAUUAUGCUAAUUUAUUACCCUCAGAAAGUAACAUUAAAUUCACUGAUAGGUCCUAUGAAGUUCAGUAUAUUAACGGUUUCUCACAUGGUGGUUAUACUUAUUUCGCAACUGUUCAGAAAGCUGUUACUUUGACAUCAACAACAGCGAGUAUUGCCAAUAAUUAUAUAUCCAAGUUAAUACGUCUAUGUAAUGGACCAAAUCAAUUUCAGUCCUAUGUAGAAACACCUUUAGAAUGUCGUGGGGCUAAUUCUAGAAUCUACAAUCUAUUGCAAGCAGCUUAUCUGACGAAGCCUGGUAGUAGUUUAGCAACAUCAUUACAAGUCUCAACAUCCAGCGAUAUUCUUAUUGGUGUUUUUUCGGCAUCGAAUGAAACAAACUCUCGAUUUCCAUCAACCGAUGCUGCUGUUUGCAUCUAUACCAUGCAAAGUGUCAGUUCCGUUUUUUCUACUAAUAUAAAUAACUGCUAUGGCUCACAGAUUUUGGUAGGGCUGCCAUACAUUGUUAAUCCGACAGCACGAUGUCAGGUUAGCCAAGUGCCUCAAUGUAGUAGUCAAACCAAUCCAGCCAUUGGUGGAUCUCAAUCAAUUUAUGGGCAGGCUUUACUAGAAUUAAAGCAGCAUAUUAUUACCUCCAUCAUUGCGACGCCAGUUCGUAGUAACACUGUUGUAUUUCUAGGAACCAAUAGCGGCCAUAUCUUAAAGUUACGAGUCAACUCAGCAACAAGUGCAUCUCAAUAUCAAGAUCUAACAAUUGAUCAGAAUUAUCCAAUUAUUUCCAUGAAAUACACUAAGAACAAGAAUAGCAUCUACACACUAUCCACAACUAAGCUUGUUUUAAUCCCAGUUCAUGACUGCAAUACUCACAAGAAUUGUGAUAACUGUAUGAACUCCAAAGAUCCUUACUGUGGAUGGUGUACCAUUGCUAAUAAGUGCACAAGUCGCUCUGGCUGUUUUACGUCUAAUGAAGCAUUUUGGACUCAGUCCGGAACAACAGCUCGAUGUGUAGAUUUAUCAUUAGUAGUGCCUGCAUCGGCGCCAGUUGGAAGAGUAACUUCGCUGAAGGUAAACGUAGCCAAUUUACCUACUAAUACACAAUAUCAAUGUCGGUUUGGAAGCUACGGGACUACAGAUGCUGCACAACUAGUUGAUGGUGUUCGUUGCAAUACACCUUCUAGUAAUUUACUGCCAAGUAUAUUAGGACCUCAAGGUGUGGGUUGUCCAGCUUUACUUAAUACUACAGUUUUAUUAUCCAUUGGAACAAGAAGAAACUUUAACCUUAAUGCACGCAAUCUUCAACCCAUCCCUUCCGGUAAUGUUGGCUAUGAGUGUUUAUUGAAUGUUGAUGGUACCCAGUUGGUAUUAUUAGGUAGAAGAAUCGCCAGCAACUCGCUAGAAUGCAUUGCUCCACUUCAACCGUAUAAUUACGGUAAAUCCGUGGAGAGUAUUCAGGCAAAUUUGCAAAUCCGAUAUCUUGGUAGAUUAUUAAUCUAUAAUGAAGGAAAUGUUACAGUUACUUUAUAUAAUUGUCGAUUUGGUCGGAGUGAUUGUAGCGUAUGCUUAGCUGCUAAGCAAACCAAAGGUUAUGAUUGCGGUUGGUGUCAAUAUCCGUCGCAAUCACUGCAAAGUUCAAUCUGUACUCAUGUUCAGCAGUGUUCCUUUCCUGGAAAUAUCCAAUCCCAAUCAUGCCCUGGCCCUAAUAUUAACUCGGUCAUGCCACUACGGGGUCCAAUCGAAGGGGGAACCGUUAUCAAUAUUACUGGCACUAAUUUAGGUAUCCAGUUCUCAGAUAUAACCCGCAUCACCGUAGCUGGCUUAAACUGUAAACCACUUCGAGAUGGAUAUGUAGUCAGUUACAGUAUUUACUGCAAUACUUCUGCCAGUUCGUCGGAUAUACAAGGGCAGGUUACUGUGAAUAUCAGAGGAGUUUCAGCGUCAUAUAUUAGAAAUUGGCAAUAUGUUAGAACGAGCGUCAGUAGUAUCUAUCCUUUAAAAGGGCCGGAAUCAGGAGGUACCAAUGUCAAGAUUACAGGACAAAAUUUAAAUGCUGGAUUAACAGCUAAAGUGAUUAUCGCUGAUAAAGCUUGCAACAUAACGAAAAGAACUGCAACGGUGAUAGAAUGUUUAACAAGCCAAACCAAUGUAACUGGUUCAUCCCAAUCUUCUAAGAGGAGUAUCAUGAAAAGGGAUAUUACUAGUAGUGUAACUGUUCAGAUCGAUGCUGCAGUAAUUACAUCAGCUCAAAAAUUUACCUACACUGAAGAUCCUACCUUCGUAGCAAUGUAUCCUAAUAGGGCUUUUCCAGCUGGUGGGUUAAAUCUUACCGUCUAUGGAACUAAUCUCGAUAGUGUUAUAUCACCUCGCAUUAUAAUCUCGACAGGAGUACAGCAACAGACAACCGCAUCAUCAAUAUGUAAUAAUAAUUUCCCAAAUGGAGCUAUGAUGCGCUGUCCAUUUCCCAAUAUUACAGAGCUGUCAAACGGACUAAACUCUUUCACAGCUUACAUAUCAUUAAUUAUGGAUGGUGUUACUAGCUUAAAACAGCUCUAUAUUUAUAAUGAAGAAGGAAGCAAACUAUAUUAUACGCCUAAUCCAAGUAUCAAUGCGUUUGCUAACGAUGAAGCUAGUGUUGGAAGUAAUCUUAUUUUGACAAUGACAGGAACGAAUUUAAAUCGUGCUGCUAAUACAACCGAUUAUAAUAUCUUGAUUGGAGGGCAAAAAUGUGCAGUAUCUACACUGAAUCAGACCCAUUUAACUUGCACAACUACUCAACUUCAGUCUAAAAUUGUACAAGUUACCGUUACUGUGGGCAAUUUAAUCUUUCGACCGGGGAAAGUACAAUUUUUUUCGGCUGAACAACAAAUCAGAACAACUAUCAUUAUAGCUGUAACUACAUCAGUGGCAAUUAUACUAGUUAUUAUCAUACCACUAAUUUUCCUUUAUCGAAGGAAAUCGGCACAAAAUCGUCGAACGAAAGAAACUUUACAAACGCGCUUAGAUCGUAUGGAAUCACAAGUCGCUCUAGAAUGCAAAACUGCUUUCGCCGAAUUACAAACUGAUGUUUCUGAAUACUUGAAAAGCGAUUUAUCUAAUUUUUCCAUCCCAUAUUUGCCUUUCAAUGGCUACGCAAUCAAAAUACUAUUUCCAGAUAAUGAGGAAUAUGCGGUGCAUCAUUUCUUGAAUCAACGAGAGGGAAGGCGAUAUGAUGACGAUGAUGCAGUUCUCUUAUUUGCAGAUUUACUAUAUAAGAAAAAGUUCUUAAAAAUUUACCUUCAUACGAUAGAAAAUCAGCAAGACUUUAGCAUGAAAGACAGGUGCAAUGUGGCUUCUUUAUUAAUGGUGGCCUUACAGCAUCGGAUGGGUUAUGUCACGGAAAUUUUGUGCCACUUACUGCGAGAAUUAAUCCACAAGUCCGUUGCCAAAAAUCAUCCAAAAUUAAUUUUAAGGAGAACUGAAUGUAUCGCUGAGAAAUUGCUAACAAAUUGGUUGUCUUUCUUCUUUUACCCUUACCUUUUCGGAAGUAUCGGUGAUUCUUUAUACGUUUUAUAUCAAGCAAUAAAGCAACAAGUUGAUAAAGGUCCAGUCGAUGAGAUUACAGCCGAUGCAAAGCAUUCCCUGAGCGAGGAUAAAUUAAUCAGACAAAAUAUUGAUUACCAAACGUUGACGCUCUCCGCUCACUUUGAACGAACGACGGAAUUGGUUAAAGUGCUUGACUGUGAUUCCAUCACUCAAACGAAAGAAAAAAUAUUAGAUGCCAUCUAUAAAAGUGCAGCAUAUUCUAGACGUACACCAGCCGAAGAAAUUGAUUUAGAAUGGAUACGUGACACUCCGUCUGGAUUGGUGAGAAUUAUUUUGAAAAAUGAAGAUGACAGCAGUAAUAUUUCUGGCCGUUGGAAGCGAAUUAAUACUUUAAAACACUAUCAGAUACCAGAUGGAGCCUCUGUAGUUGUUAUUCCACGUACCUCUGCUUCAAGCUUAUCAGUCAGCAGUAAUUCCUCGACAAGAUAUCCUGUUUCAUCACGUAGUCUCCUUGGUAGAUUAUCAGUCGAUGAAAAUGGUGAAACACAUUACAAUUUAUGGCACCUGAUAAAACCAAUGGAUGAAAACUCUACAGAUCCAAAUGCUAAUAAAUUGGUCUCUGAAGUCUUCUUAACAAGAUUGCUAUCCACUAAGCAUAUUCUGCAAACGUUUGUCGACGAUCUGUUUUCUCAGAUGUUUACCGUUCCUCAAACGCUAUAUCAUUUCCCCAAAGUCAUCAAAUACUUAUUCGACUUUCUUGAUUAUGAAGCUUUUAAACUAGGAUUUACUACUGAAAAUGAUGUUGCGCACACCUGGAAAAACAAUUGUUUACCGUUGCGGUUUUACAUUAACAUUGUUAAAAAUCCACAUCAUGCUUUUGAUGUCAAUAAAUCUGGUACCGUUGAUUCAUGCUUGUCGGUUAUUGCACAAGCUUUCAUGGAUUCUUGCUCAAUUACGGAUAACCGUUUAGGAAAGGAUUCACCAUCAAAUAAGUUAUUAUAUGCUCGAGAAACGUCUGAUUAUAAAGCUAGAGUACAAAAGUUUUAUGCUGAUAUACAAUAUAUGCCACCUGUUUCAUUGGAUGAACUCUUGCAUACUCAUGAAGAUAUGAUGCGAAGAUUUAGAGUUAAGAGAAAUUUUAAUAGUCUAAAUGCCGUCCAUGAAUUAUUCACGUAUGCGACAAAGUAUAUCACUGAGUUAAGACUGGCCUUAGAAGAUGCCGGUAUGCCAAGUUUAGCAGAUAAAUUAGCUCUGUUGAUAAAGAAAUCUAAAUACGAAAGUGAAUGUUAA